UUAGCAAUGGCUAUUCUUCAGCCUUUCAGUGCCUUGCUGCUUUGUCUAUCACUGAUGAUGGCAACAAGUUCACUUACCACAGAUAAACCUGAAGAGAAAAUGUAUUCAUGUCCCAUCAUUCAGUGUAGUGCUCCUGCAGUCAAUGGAUUACCAGGCAGAGAUGGAAGAGAUGGUCCUAAAGGAGAAAAGGGAGAUCCAGGAGAAGGAUUGAGAGGUCUGCAGGGUUUGCCUGGAAAAGCAGGACCUCCAGGAUUAAAAGGAGAGGUGGGACCACAAGGAGAGAAAGGUCAAAAAGGAGAACGUGGAAUUGUUGUAACUGAUGACCUGCAACGACAAAUAACUGCUUUGGAAGUGAAAAUGCGGGUACUGGAAGAUGACUUAAACAGAUACAAAAAAGCCAUGAUUUUAAAGGACAUCGUGAACGUUGGUAAAAAAAUGUUUGUCUCAACUGGGAAGAAAGAUAAUUUUGAAAAGGGAAAAUCCCUUUGUGCAAAAGCUGGAGGUGUGCUUGCCUCUCCUAGGAAUGAGGCUGAGAAUACAGCUUUAAAAGACUUAGUUAGCCCUUCAAGCCAAGCUUAUGUUGGGAUAUCCGAUGCACAAACUGAGGGCAGAUUCAUGUACCUGAGUGGUGGGCUUUUAACUUACAGCAACUGGAGAUCUGGAGAACCAAAUAAUCUGAAAAAUGAAGACUGUGCAGUGAUAGAAGGCUCUGGAAAAUGGAAUGAUUUAGACUGUUCAAAUUCAAAUAUCUUCAUUAUUUGUGAAUUGUGAGCAGCUGAUAAAUCGAAGAAAAUCAAUCCAACUUUCUUCUCUCGGUUGUGUGGUUGUGUAGAAGUUUGUCACUAUAUUGCUGAAUAGAACAAUCAGAACCAGAUCAUAUUUACAGUGGUUUUCUUUUUGACAUCCGGUCUUGAAUCUCCUAGUGAAACAAACCUAUUUGUUCACUCACUGUGAAUUAAUUUGUUUACCACAUGAUAUGCUGAGGAUCUUACGUUUACGCUGUAGGCUUCAGAAAGGUUUAACUCCAUGUCAGCUCCAGUAUAAUCCCAGGACUGGGUGCCUACUAACAUUUGAAAUGUGUUUUCCAUUUCGUGCCCUAGCACGAUCUGGCUUCUUAUCUUUAUCUGCACUUUGUGAAUCACUGAACUUAAAAUGUGAACCAAAAUACAUUUCACAC